AUGGAUAGAAGCGAUGGCGGAUACAUCCAGAGUUCUCCAAAAAGAGAGUUUCUAGGAGUCAAGACACUAAGGGCACUCACAAUCAAGCAGAUCAACAACUGCGAGUUUGACGAGCCGUCCUCGACGCAUCUUGUAGACUCUGCAGAGGUUACAAACAUUCAGAUCAUUGGCUGGGUUGUUUCAUCAAGGAUAUCGGCAACAGGGUCAAUGUUCGUUUUGGAGGAUGGAACAGGAAGCACAGAUUGCACAUUCUGGCCAAGCAAUUCUUACGAGGAAGAGCAAUGCAAAGUCCUUGAGGAAAGAAAUCUUCUCAGAAUCAGUGGGUCUCUCAGAACAUUUAACGGCAAGAGAAGCGUGUCUGUAUCUCAUCUGUCUCAGGUAGAAGACUCGAACCUUAUUACCUAUCAUUUUCUGAACUGCAUCUACCAGCAUUUAUUCUACACUAGACAGCUUCAAAGAGAAGAAGUAAGGGGGGAUGGUGCAAGACUCGAUAGAGUUCAGGAGGAUAUAUUGGAGUGUUACAGGAAGAACCAGGACGAAAACGGGCUCCACAUCAACGUAGUCAUCAAAAUGCUUUCAUCUAAGUAUCCUGAAAACGAAAUCAGAGAAAAUAUCGAUCUUCUCCUGAGAGACUGUCACCUGUACAGUGUAGAUGGGCUGGAAUACAAGACAACUGUUUAA